GACCGUCUUAAUUUUUUUACUUUUCGAUUAAAAAAAUAUUUUUAAAAAAAUGAGUAAAGUUAGUGCUUUAGCUAUUCAUGAAAAUGUUCGAAAUUUAUUGCAUGCUUCACAAGAACAUAAACGCGGUUUUCUUGAAACAGUUGAGCUUCAAAUUGGGUUAAAAAAUUAUGAUCCACAACGAGAUAAGCGUUUUUCAGGAACCGUUAAGCUUCCUCAUGUUCCACGUCGAUUAAAUAUUUGUCUUUUGGCAGAUGCAUAUGACUUAGAUCGGGCUAAAGAAUUAGGAGUUGAUGCACUUUCUGUUGAUGACCUUAAAAAACUUAAUAAACAAAAAAAACUUGUUAAAAAACUCGCUAAAAAAUAUGAUGCUUUUAUAUCUAGUGAUUCUUUAAUUAAACAGAUUCCUCGGCUUCUUGGUCCAGGACUAUCUAAAGUGGGAAAAUUCCCAACACCUUUAUCUCACACAGAUGAUCUUAGUACUAAAUUAACAGAAGUUGAAGCGACUAUUAAAUUUCAACUUAAGAAGGUCUUAUGUCUUGGUGUUGCAGUUGGAAAUGUUCAAUUAACAGAAGAUCAAUUGGUUGCAAAUAUUAUGCUUUCUAUUAAUUUCCUUGUAUCUCUUCUUAAAAAAGCUUGGCAGAAUGUAGGUUCACUUGUAAUUAAAUCGACAAUGGGGCGUCCCUAUCGAUUAUAUUAA